AUGCCUCUCGCUGCUUUGAACACCGUGGCCAAGGGUCAAAAUGGCGUCGGCGCUUUCAUCCGGCAGUGCAAGCGCCUCGACUUCCAUUACUGCGACUGGUCUGGUUCAUCCAAGGGCAUGAAGACGUUCCUUGAGAAGACGCUCCCUUCGUUCGCCAAAGCCAACCCGUCCAUCGAGAUAACCGUGUCGCCCCGCCCGCGCAAGGAACCAGUCAUCAAGGGUCAUUAUAUCAACGGCCGUAUCAAGGCCAUCUGUGUUCGCAAGCUCGAGAAGGAGCAAAUCCUCCAAAAGGCCAACCUGCUGCGGGACGCCUCCGGCGAGCGGAACCGCCGUACCAUCAACAAGCCCGUCAAGAGUAUGAACGAGAGCGUCAGGGGUAUCUGGAGUCCCUUCCACGGCGCCAAGUACCAAAUAUAA